UCCACGGUGUAUUACGACCACAAUCAGCCGCACGGACUUCACGAGCCACUCACCGCCAACACCAACAACACCGCCACCAGCGACCGUACGCUGACUGAAUUAAAAAGUCAAGAUGGCGGCAGAGGGUCAGUUCGAGUACGAGUCGGUCCUCUGUGUCAAACCAGAAGUCAACGUGUACCGGAUCCCACCGAGAGCAUCCAACCGCGCUAUCAGGGCUGCUGAUUGGAAGCUGGACGCUCCUGACUGGUCGGGACGCAUGCGAGUGGUGGCUCGGGGGAAAGUGGCCUACGUCAAACUGGAGGACAAAAUGUCUGGGGAGCUGUUUGCCCAGGCGCCAGUGGAAGAGUACCCUGGCAUCGCCGUGGAAACAGUCAGCGACUCCAGCCGAUACUUUGUGCUCCGCAUCCAGGAUGACAACGGCCGCAGUGCCUUCAUCGGCAUCGGGUUCGGAGACCGAGGGGACGCCUUUGACUUCAAUGUUGCCCUGCAGGACCACUUCAAGUGGGUCAAACAGGAAAAGGAGUUCACCAAACAGGCACAGGCUCCAGACUCCACUCCGAAACUGGACCUGGGCUUCAAAGAGGGACAAACCAUUACACUCAAUAUCGGGCAAUCCAAAAAAAAGGACAGGACCCGCCCGCAGAGCUCAGGUGGUUUCGGGAUCCUUCCGCCUCCCCCCGGAGGCAAGCUGGCCCCGCCCCCUUCUUCAUCCAGAUCUAACAAUCAUAAUGUGCAGCAGCCAUCGGCAGUCGGAAACGACACGGGUUGCUUGUUGGAUCUGGACUCCAGCAACUCCAACUCGCUGACGGCUUCCAAUCCAUCAGCCGUGACGGCCAACUCGGACCUGUGGGGAGACUUUGACUCCCCCAAGUGAGUGCGGGGGAGGGGGUUCCCUCCCCGUCCCUGUACCCGUCUCUCUCAGUAACAUUAUGCAGCACUUUGGCGUCCUCGCUUUCUCCCUUUUCAGGGGGGGCCCUACUGCUCCCUGCCGCGCAGGGUAAAAGCCCUCACAUGCCCUCGUGUACCCCCCCACCCCCCCACCCUAUUUCAGUUGUAACACUCAGCACUAAUACACCCCCGCCGCUCAUAUUCCCCAUGUAGAGCCAUUGCUUUAUUCCCUCAUUCUAACUGUGAAGAUGAUAAACGUAUGCAGUGAAUAGAACAAUGAAUGCAUUUUCUGUACAUUCCAAAUGUGUACAUAUACAUAUAUUUAUGUAUCUUAUCUGUAUUGUAGCUUUAUUGAGUUUUUGUUUAUUUUUUUUGCACAGUCAGUCUGUUUCUCCAGUAUGUGUUGUAGUAACGGCUUAUACUGUACUCUUGCAGUCUUGUCUCUAGUACCCUCUAGUGGCCUCUUGGGGCAUCACAGCAAUACCAGCAGUGAAGACAUGAUAGAUGAUGAUGAGCUGCCGUCCCAAACUGGGAGAUUUAAAUCAGUGCACUGCGACACACGGACGAAACCAGGUCUAAAAAGCGGGGGUGGUGGUGGUGGUGGUGGUGGGGGGGGGGGGGUGACCUGAAGGAAAACACAACAGUGCUCAAGUCCAGGUUUUGGAUUGCAAUGUUGGGACUAGGCUUGUAUUUGUAAAGUGCAGUGUUAUUCCUCUUCUCCUUUCUUCGUGUUCUUCUUCUUCUUCUUCUUCUUCUUAGUGUUCAUCUUCUUCUUUCUACUUGUUGUUAUUGUUUACAUGCAAAUGGAUUUGCUUGUUUUGUGACAGAAGUGCAAUGCAGAUGGACACACUGACCCUAAGUGUUUGAUUCCCCCCCCCCCCUAAUGUGUGUAUAUGGAAAUAUGCAAAGAUAAAUCUAUCACAUCGACAA